GACGAGGUUUUGAUUUCGAAGGAUGGAAAAACCGCCGGCCGUUAUUUUCACGUUCGGAUAAAAAUUGUGAUGCGUGAAGAGGCAAGUUGCUUCCAUGGAAACUGUUUAUAUCAAAGCACUACAAGUGGUGCACGAGCUCUGUUUGCGUACGGUCUGGCGGAAAAAAGCGUUUGUUGCCUUUUGUGGUCAACGUUCGCCGACGCUGCGGCUGGCGGGUAGAAAACUUCAAUAGUUACGAAACGGAUGUCUGGGAAAAUUGUUGGAAAAGCGUGCGGUGUAAUGUGAUGACGAUGUGAUAAUUAUACUGUGCUGAUAGUGCUCGGAUAGCGGAGAGAGGAUUAUACUUGCAUAGAAUAAGGUCGAGGAGAGGAAAGAAUUUCAAGUGAAGGAAUUGUUUUAAAACAUGUGUGACCUCGACCUACAAAGAAAUUAACGCGGAUAUUGACAGCGUUGUUGGAUGCUAGGACUAACCUGCUAGCGAGUAGCGUGGCAUUCUAGCGAAUAUUUUAUUUGCGUGACAUCGAGCCUGAAGAGUAACAGUGCAUACCAAUGAAUACAUGAUUAGUGCUGGCUGGUUUCAACUGAAUCUACACUACCAGUGCUUCGCGGUAUGCAAAUGUUGUGGUUGGAAUAGUGAAUGACUAUCGGUGAUUUAUAUUGAUUGUUAGUGUUCCUAAUGCUGCGUGAACACCAAAGGAAGAACCGUACAUUAUAAUCCGGAUUUAUUCAUGCCGGAGGUUGAACCCGCGGAAGGAGCAUCAGGGCAUCGGACGAAUUGAUGACUGGACGAGGGAUUGUGGAUAGCCAGCCCAAGUCACUUGAAGGAAACUUGUUUCCUUCUGAAGGUUUGAAAUGAGUCUGGCGCGCCCUUCUCAAACAAACCAUCAGGCGGGUUCAAGCAUGUAUAGCGAUAUGUUUCAUCCAUGCACUGGAUAUUACGGUUGGAAGAGCAUGUUUUAUUCCCGCGGAAUACGAGGAAACCCAUUUACACGCUCCAAGUUACUGGGCCGCAAGUCGCACGGAACGAAGAAUCAGAUUGUACCACAAAAUCACCACCUUUCGGUACGAGUGAGAAUGGCAAAGUUCGAAUGGAAAACCUCCCACAUGUUCUGGGUAGCGAAGCCAUACUCCCCCCACAGUGAACUGAUACAGUGGUGAACGACUGCACGAAGACUCGCUUUCCGCUUCAAGUCGAACCGAGCGUAGAAAGGAUUAGUCAAGUGAACUGUAAAACUUGCAGGCAAACCGCCCCCGGGAAAGUGCGCUUUUGUUUUUUUUGCUUUCGCUUAGACCGACUCUUUCCGCAUUGUACUCAGAGACAGUCGGUAGCUGGGAAAAGUUUUCCUCCCAAUACCACCAGUAAAUUCUAACAAAUUCGCAUUGAUCCCGUAUUGCUGCCGAAAGCGUGAAUACAAUGUGCAGCGGCAGUAGCAGUGCCAGUUGCAAACGAUAAUGACGAUGAGCUCGACGACACCCGUUGUACAAGUUGCAGCUGCGAUUUUAAAAAGCAAAACGUUGUAUCGAUGGAACUCCGUGCAGGAUUACGAUUCGCCCGGAAGAGAAAUUCCAUUUCACGUGUCGUUUAAGGAUUAAGAAUUCCACUAUAGCACGUACCGCCGUUUGCAGCACUGAAUUUGGUAGCCAAAAAUAGAUUGAAAAUCCUUGUAAAACUGUUAGUUCAUACGUGGAAGUCAAGAUCAAGAGUGAGAGUGUGACUGAAAUGCAAAUCAGAACAGCACAAGCGAAUCGGGCGAGUGAAAAGUGUUGUUUAUGUAAGUUGCAUUUACAUAAAAAUCGCAUCAUGAAGAACGACAGUGCUACAUUUAUCCCUAGUUCGGAUCUAACCCGGCACGCGCUGGAAUUGUGGUCGCACCGUGCCACGACAACUAUUACAUUCUGCUACCGGCAGUAGCUGGAGGGCAAACGGCUAAAAGCUAGUGACGCGAAGACAGCAUGCAGCGUAUGAACAUCCUUUUAUGUUUAAGUGGAAGCAAACAACGUGGUCUGGUGGCAAUCAGUGGAUCGGAUAAAUUGUUUUCACAGUGCGAAGUAGAGUUGAAGUAAGAAGUGAACUGUGUGCAUUGCCAGCAUAUCAAGUGGAAGGGGAAAAGCAAAAAAAGAGCGAAAAAAUAGCACAAGUCAAUAUCAACAAUUCAACGUCAGACUGGUAUCGAAACGAGCAGGAUUUGCCCGGCAAAAGGGGAGGCCAACAAUGGAGAUUGUUUACAUGCAAAUUGUGAUGGUGCUCACAUUGGUAGUGAAAUGCUUGCAAGGGUCGUUGUCUACUGCGCUGCAAGAAAUCAAUCAACAACAGCAACCGGCAGAUCCAGAGCCAGAGUUCGAAGGCACCAUCCAGAACGUGACAUUCCCGGCCGGGCGGGAAGCGGUGCUAACCUGUUCGGUGAAAAAUCUCGGUCGGUACAAAGUUGGCUGGCUGAGGGCUUCCGAUCAAACAGUACUGGCCCUCCAGGGUCGGGUCGUGACACAUAAUUCUCGCAUCAGCGUGGUGCACGAGGACAUGCGAACCUGGCGCCUGCGGAUACGACAACUACGCGAAUCAGAUCGCGGCUGCUACAUGUGUCAAAUCAACGCGAGCCCCAUGAAGAAACAGAUCGGCUGCAUCGAUGUGCAAGUCCCUCCGGACAUAAUCAACGAAGAGUCGUCAGCAGAUAUUGCCGUGCAGGAGGGCGAGGAUGCGACCAUUGUGUGUAGAGCAGUCGGCCAUCCCACGCCGCGAGUCACAUGGAAACGGGAAGACGGCGAAUACAUGCUGCUAAGAAAACCGCAAAGCAGAGAGCUGAUUAGAGUGGAAGCAUUCAACGGGACCCAUCUGCACCUACCGAAGCUGGAGCGAAGACAAAUGGGGGCGUACCUGUGUAUAGCGUCGAACGAUGUUCCUCCAGCCGUUAGCAAACGAGUUUCACUUAGCGUGCACUUUGCACCAUCGGUACGUCCAACAAGUCAACUGCUGGGAGCUCCGCUGAGUUCGGAUGUGCAGCUUGAGUGCUCCGUUGAAGCUUCACCGAUGCCGGUGUCCUACUGGUUGAAGGGUGGUCGAGUACUGCCUGCCAGUUUCACCGGAAUCACCAACAGUAAUUACGAGCAAGGUCAAUCGAGACCAGAAAUGCUGCUGGAUGGGCCAAAGUACGGAAUCACCGAGGAGCGACACGGAUUCCGGACGAACAUGCGGCUAGUGGUGCGAUUCUUUUCGCCGAGCGAUGUCGGCACCUAUCAUUGCGUCAGCACAAAUUCGCUGGGGAGAGCCGACGGGACGAUGAGACUGUACGAAAUAAAAAUUCAUCCGGGUGGAGUGCAAACAAGCGACGAUCAAUUAAAUAUAAUUGGAGGUCUGGCCGAGGCAGCCCGAGGACGGGGCAACUCGAGUGCCAAUUCAUUAGUGACCGGCAGCAGCCCACAGUGUAUCGCUCUGGCAGUCCUGUCGGUGCUCCUGGUUCUCGCUUCAACUAUCAGAUGACAGCAAACACUUACGCUGGGAUAAGCGCUCAUCCUCGACAUCGUCGUCAGUAGCGAAAUCAUCGUGUUUGCAUAAGCAUUAAACUGAUCCGACGGAACCUCCCGGAACCGAUUUGUUCGGUUGUUCGGCGGAGGACCCAAGUGUGAGCAAAAUGGCCCGGAUCCCGAAACAUUGCGUCGAUUGUGGAAUUGUAGCUGGGUGCGAUGGGGGAGUGUUUGGUGGUGCUUGUGUUAUAUUUAGGUUCCAUGUUCAACCGGAGACCGGAAUGUAACUUUCAAAACAAUAACGAUGGAAUAUUGAAAUAGGAUAAUAACCGAUUCAUAAUAGCCUAACGAUAACGAACAUACACACACAAACAAUCUAUUCUCCUUUUCUGUGCGUAAAAUGUGAAUGCCAAAAAGCUGCUUGUAGUGAUUAAAACGGUCGUAAUCUGCCGGAUCGAAUGUAUAUUUUAGAAAUAGAUACCAUACAUACACAGAUCAAAUGCUACGUAAUGCUUGAACGCUCAUAUCAAGGAAAAUUUUCAUACACAUCAACGAAGUGGAAUCACUCUUAAGGGGAAAAGUUAAGUAAAAAAUCAUCAAGCAUAAUCAGCUGGAAACGGUAGACUGAAAAUUGAGUGUGGCGCCGAGCAAAGAAGGAAAUUCAAACAAGGGGAUUAUAAAGGAUUAUAAAAUUGCUAAGCGGAACGAACUCGAUAGGUUGAAGUGAAAAGUGAGCAAAAGGCACCGUUGCUUUUAUUAUUCUCUAUCUUACCGUUAGCUCAUUUUCUCUCUCUCUCUCUCACUCUGAUGGUUUUUGGCUAUGGCUAUGAUUUUUUCCGUCAUAGAAAACGGUGUUGAAUGAUGAAACUCUGAAUCAACUAUGAUUACAAAGCAUCCAUCAAAAUGCAAUAAAGUUGGUUAUGGCAUGCGGCGAUGAGUUCAUUGAAAUGUGCAGGCAUGCAAAUUAAAAACGUAGGAGUAUGGAGCAAGUCGGAACGAAAGUUUCGGAAUCUAUUUGAUCCUGUGUAAACCCAACCAGAACGGAGAAAAACUUCUUCCGAGGAGGAUGCUUCUUAGGUGGAUAAGCGAUCCAAAAAUGAUCAUAAUUGAGAACAAUGCCAUAUCGCUAGGAAGAAGCAGCUCUUUCGGGAAAUCAUUAAGUUAUGUAAUGAGCUUUGAAGGUUGCUCGGAUGGUAUUUGAAUUAGUGGAAUUAGCCGUUGUGAAGCAUUUUGCAAGCAUCAUAAUUAGAACUUAAGUAUUAAAGUUCGGAGAUCAGUUAAUUUAUUUUCUGACGUAGAACUAUGUCUUAGUUUCCUUUAGAGAAGUAUGAACUCAAAAUUCGGAAAAGAAAUCUGCUUUUGAACAUCAUAUUUAGGAUAUAAUUACGUCUACUGCUUCAAAAUAUUUAUACGAAUCGAUUGGAAUCGCUCAAACUAUUCAUAUUAAAUCGCUGGUGGAAACUUUAAUCAAUGACGAACAAUGUAUAAUUUUCCCUGUUUUCCAAACCAUUAGCAUGGUUUGCUCCAACAGAGAUGACAAUAUCGAAUACACAAGUUUGCAGUUCAUAUGAAUUCCGCUCUUCAAUGUGUCUGAUAACAUUUAAGAAUACGCUUCCACAAAACAAUAAUCUGUGUCGAACUGACUUGCACUGUGUAUGGAUUGUUAUUGCCGUAGAAGGUUACUGUGCACAUCAGCAACCGGACCAUUUUUGGAUUUGUUUUGUGCGCCGCUCGCCUCGCACCAGCGAUAUUUUCAUCUUAAUUCUGCUGGUUCUUCGCAUUCGAGAAAAGCACAGGAUGCCCUCGAUCUUGGAGUUCUAGAUGAUCGUGAUCAGUACAUUUCUUUACAAACUGAACGGUUUUUUCAGAGCAUCCAGCAUUCUCAAAUGAUUAUUUUCGGAAAGUAUUUCAUCUAGAUACAAACAAGUUUAAAUGGAUGACGAGAAAACUACUGCCGUAAUAAUCAAUACAAAUUGUAGCAUUUAUUUUGACAAAAGUUAUGUAGUCCUACGUCAACAGAUUGAACAACCGUAUGUGGCUGUCCCAUCAACAAUAAAUAUCAAUCGCUCCUUGUAGAAUAAUAUUAUUUAAUGCUUUUGCCUCUCCCAUGCAGAAAGGCUAUGCAACCACUAUGAAAACUGAACUGGAGUCCGGUCGGUCUACCCGAGUAAAGUCUAACAUCAAAAUGAGAACAAAUUGAAAUCUGAUUAUGAUAGCAACAUCAGAUUGAAAUCCUUAUAUGAUAUCGACACAUCAAAUUUUCAAUUAAUAUCACAUUAUGUUAUCAUUUUGCUGUUUAAAGACAAAAGUGAAUCCAUUGAAAUUGAGCGAAUUUCAAAUGGCAACAAAAAAAUACAAAGUUAUGUUUCAAUUGAAGAAUUACUCCUUCAAUCAUAUGUUGCCUUUUACAAAAAUGCUUUGACAUCCUGCCGAGAUCCUGCAGUUGACCGCAACCAUAACCACGAAGAAACGAUUUUUCAACAAUGCUCCUUAUUUUUAACCACAAGAAUAUUGGUGUCAAACCACACGUCUGGGAGGUAUUAGAUAAAUUGGCGAUCAUCGGUACCACGUUUAUCUGAAGCAGGUCAAUCUGAAUAGUGGCUUUGGCAUUCCCAUCUCGCUGAUCGAUAUUCGAUAUUUGUAGUCAUACGACGUCGCGAAGUUCAUUCCAAAGUUUUUAGACCAUUAUUUCCAGUGCAUCCAGAAAUCGGGGACCUGGAUGGCGAAAAUAAUGUACUCGCCAAAACCGUUUUGAAAAUACCCAUAAAUUCAUGUCCAAAAGUAUGGAAAAAUUCAUUGAAAGUCUACACAAGAACUAAUAAUUUACUGAAGAGAUUCUAGUUCUAUCUGUGGUCAGAAGUGAGAUAAUCGUUCAUUGUCCCAAUUAUUCGAAAAAACAAAUGAUCUGUUAUACCUUAUUGCCGGAUUCCUAAUUCACGUUCCCUGUGUUGUAGAAGACUUCACUGUAAGACGUUCGGUCUUCAGAGCCUCUAAAUUCGUAUAAGUGAUUACAUGUGCGAAUUGUGUGAGAUCAAUUAGAUAACUCAAUUUAAUGUUAUAAUGUUUGAAUCCCGAGUAGAGUGUGAGAUCAAAAAGAAAACUCAAUUUGAUGUUAUGCUGUUCGUAUAUCGAUUACUUAAUUUGGUAUCGUUUUGGUCGUUUUAAAAAUUUUAAAAUUCUGUGUGACAUCAAACUGAAAACUAGUUUUGCUCUCAGUGAAACCACAUUGAAAACUAAAUAUGAUGUAGAUUUUGUCGAAAUGACACGUCACGAGCAUAAUCUAAAAAUAGAACAGCCAAAACAGGUCCGGGAUAGUAUACAUUUUGGCGAUAUUACUUGCAAGCAAGAAAAAGAUUUUAUGCAACUCCACACACACACACUACCGCGGAGAGCAUCGAGUUUCGAACUUGGGUAAUUUGGAUUGCGAACUUUUUGCGAUUGCUAUGAACUGUAAGUGCUAGCUAUAAGGAGAUGGAAAAUGUUCUGUUAUAUUACAAGCAGUGUUGUUCCACAAAGUUGUAUACAGGUAGUUUCUGUCAAUGCACACUCAUUGCGUCGCUUCCAUCCUGCAUCCACCGUGAAUAGCAGUGUGGCUAUUUGAGCACAGUAUAAAAAUGUUCUCUUUGUCUUUCCAUAUCCAAAGCUAUAGCAUUCAAACAUUAUAACCAGUGUUGGUGAUUGCCGAAAAUUUGACAGAAGCUGCAAUAUUGCUGCUAUUCUAUAUUGUAUACAACAUUUUCAAUCCGGUAGAAGAUGCUACAAGAACUCGAGUCUCUCAAUGCAUGAACCGCGAGAGAAUUUUUCUACAUUCCUUCGCUCCACUUCAUACUCUGAGUAUUUCACGACCCUUAAAAAAAUUACAGUCUGAUAAUGAUCGUUGCUGUGUGGAAUUUCCCAAGAGAGAAUCGCAAGUUGACAAUUAUCACAGAAAAUCGAGUCGAUGCUUCAACUUGAUGAUUCUCAUACUAGGUUGCAAUAUUUCAAAACCCUUUCAUAGACACAACUUAUACGAAGAUUAUAUGCACAUAGUUAGAAUAAGCGGCAAUAGUAAAAUGAUUCUAUCGCAAUUAUCAACUGCCUGUAUAGAAUCGGAUCGCGAAACGAGAAUAAGCGACCGUUUGUUGCUUCAAAGAAAAUCCCCACAGCAGCGUGCUAACCUUUGAUUCUCAGAAAUGUCAUCGAGAGAAAUUCGCUCUCGCACUGGUGUCGAUUCUAUGUUAAAUGAGCCAUGAUGGGUUUUUGUUGUUGUGAUGAUUUCCAACUCUCUUUGACGGCACUGAUUCAAUCGUUGAAGAGUUGCCAGUGAACGUUCUUUGAUACGAUAAAAGCCAUCCUUGAUUAUAACAUUAAAUUGAGUUAUCUACUUGAUCUCACACAACUCGCACAUGUAAUCACUUUGAAAUACGAAUUUAGAGGCUCUGAAGACCGAACGUGAAGUCUUCUACAACACGGGGAACGUAAAUUAGGAAUCCGGCAAUAAGGUAUAACCGAUCAUUUGUUUUUUUUUUUGGACUAAUUGGGACAAUGAACGAUUAUCUCGCUUUUGACCACAGAUAGCACCAGUAUCUCUUCAGUAUUUUUUUUAGUUUUUGUGUAGACUUAUAAUUUACGAUAAUUUGAUGCAGAAUUAGUCCUGUGACUCAAAAUAAUGAAGAGUUAGUUAGACGGUUUCUUUGGAAAAGAGUAUUGAAGUUUCAAGAUCUAUUAGAUGAUUGAUAAAAUACUUCUCAUCUAGCGUUAGUGAGUAUAUGAAGUUAUAAGCAUUUAUAAUUAGGAAUGAGAAUUGUUUUGAAGAGUGUCUUUGGCACAGUUUGUGGUCUACUUAGAAAUAUACAAAUUAAACAUAUAUUUUCUUGGUGGCUCCUCUAAGCCACUAAAGUUUUAUUAAGAAUUAGCUCUAGGUUCUUAAAUCUGAGACAUUCAAUGUUCGAUGUUCCAACUUCGUAAACAAUGAAUAUUUUUAGAUAUAAAGUUAUGGGAACGGGUUUGGCGAGUAGAUUAUUUUCGCCAUCCAGGUCCCCGAUUUCUGUAUGCACUGAAAAUAAUGGUCUAAAAACUUUGGAAUGAACUUCGCCACGUCGUAUGAUUACAAAAAUCGAAACAUUUUUUUAACUGAACGCAAAAAUUGUUACAGGAUCGGACACUUAACGUAGGAAGAAAAUCGAUGACGUCAAAUAUAUUUUUCAUAUCAAAUUCUACGGCAGACGAUCAGCGAGAUGGGAAUGCCAAAUUCAGAUUGACCGGCUUCAGACAAACGUGGUACUGAUGAUCGCCAAUUUAUCUAAUGCCUCCCAGACGUGUGGUUUGACACCAUAAUAUUCUCGUGGUUAAAAAGAAGGAGCAUUAUUUGCGUAAAAGUUGAACAAUGUUGAAAAAAUCGUUUCUUCGCGGUUAUGGUUGCGGUCAACUGCAGGAUCUCGGCAGGAUGUCAAAGCAUUUUUGUAAAAGGCAACAAAGGAUUGAAUGAAUAAUUCUUCCACUGAAACUUAACUUUGUAUUUUUGAGUUGCCAUUAGAAAUUUGCUCAAUUUCAAUGGAUUCACUAAGUUGUUGAUUUUAAUAUUUUCAUUUUUUGAGUUUCACAAAACUUUUACCUUUAAACAGCAAAAUGAUAACAUAAUGUGAUAUUAAUUGAAAAUUUAAGGAGUCGAUAUCAUAUUAGGAUUUCAAUCUGAUGUUGCUAUCAUUAUCAGAUUUAAAUUUGUUCUCAUUAUGAUGUUAUAACUGCGAAAAAAAACAUAUUCUUUGUCGUUUGAUUCUAUUCACAUUGCAAGUUUUUAUUCAAUAUGAUAUUUGGAAGCUGUAAUUUUGAAAAUAAAAAGACAUUGAAAAUUUUUCCUGGUCCUUCUUUUCUUUUCGUUAGAAGAACUUUUUUCCCUAAAAUAUUCACAUGUUGUAAUUUAUACACUUUUCAAAAGACAGUGCAGACAAAUUCUAGAAAAACAAAGUAUGUCAAGUGACUGAUACAGUCUAUAUGUCCAGAAAGUUCGAUUGAAAUCGGGGAGGAUGCUACCAACAUCCAUUCGAGUUGGUGCGAAAUUCAUCUGAAACAAUAUUUGACCAAACAGUUCUCUUUAAAUAAAUAAUUUGGAAUUCAGCUUGCAGUUGUGGUAUGUUCGAGCCCCUACUAGAAAGAAAUCUUAGCGUCAUUAGGAUCGAGUUCUAGCUGCGGUUUUGUAAUUUGAGAGCAGAUUCUCAAAUUACAAAACCGCAGCUAGAACGAAGAAGCGAAGUAUGUUGUAAUCAAUGAUCAAAUUCUACAAAAUAAAUGGGGAUGGACUCUAUGAACAAUUUUAUGUAGAAAGGCAAGUAUUAUUAUAUUCAGUUUUCAAGUAUUAUUGAUCUCAUGGAAUUUUUUCCAUGCUGAAACUCAAGGUUUUUGUCGAUUUUAUAUUUUCCAUGAAAUACCAUAUAUUCUUACAAUGUCUGCCUUAAUGGUCAUUUAAUACUUGUGACCUUUGAUUGAGUUAUUUCAAAUCAACGAUUUAUUUAUAAGGGCUUUUUUGAAAUCAUUCAUUUAUUCAUUCGGUUUGAAAUUGUCAUCAUACAUCUAAUUAUUUUAUCUUUACAUAACAGUUCGGCUGAAAAGUUCGUAUCGUUUAAUAGAAACACACAUUUUUUUGCCAAAAUUCGUUUUUAUUAUUCAACAUAAUUGCCAUCAGAGGCGAUACAGCGAUUAUGGCGAUCUUUCAACUUCUCGAUACCAUUUUUGUAGUACGAUUUGUCCUUUGCCUCAAAAUAGGCCUCAGUUUCAGCGAUUACCUCUUCAUUUCAUCUAAAUUUUUUACCAGCGAGCAUUCUCUUGAGGUCUGAGAACAGGAAAAAGUCACUUGGGGCCAAAUCUGGAGAAUACGGUGGAUGAGGGAGCAAUUCGAAGCCCACUUCGUUCAAUUUCAGCAUGGUUUUCGUCGACUUGUGACACGGUGCAUUGUCUUGAUGAAACAAAACCUUUUUCUUCUUCAAAUGAGGCCGUUUUUUUGAAAUUUCGUCCUUCAAACGUUCUAAUAACGGUAUAUAAUAGUCACUGUUGAUGGUUUUUCCCUUUUCAAGGUAGCCGAUGAAAAUUAUACCAUGCGAAUCCCAAAAUACAGACGCGACCUUACCGGCCGAUUGUUGAGUCUUUCCACGCUUUGGGUUCGGUUCAUCGCGUGCAGUCCACUCAGCUGACUGUCGAUUGGACUCCGGAGUGAAGUGAUGGAGCCAUGUUUCGUCCAUUGUUAUAUAUCGACGAAAAAAUCGGUUUUAUUUCGAUAUAACAGCUCCAAACACUGCUCAGAAUCAUCAAUUCGUUGUUGUUUUUGAUCGAUUGUGAGCUCACGCGGCACCCAUUUUGCACAAAGCUUUCUCAUAUCCAAAUAUUCGUGAAUAAUAUGUCCAACACGUUCCUUUGAUAUCUUUAGGGUGUCAGCUAUCUCGAUCAACUUCACUUUACGGUCAUUGAAAAUCAUUUUGUGGAUUUUUUUUCACGUUUUCAUCUGUAACAGCCUCUUUUGGACGUCCACUGCGUUCAUCGUCCUCGGUGCUCAUAUGACCAGUACGAAAUUUUGCAAACCACUUACAAAUUGUUGCUUCGCCCGGUGCAGAGUCUGGAUAACACUCAUCAAGCCAUUUUUUGGUAUCGGCGGCACUUUUUUUCAUCAAAAAGUAGUGUUUCAUCAACACACGAAAUUCCUUUUUUUCCAUUUCUUUCACAAUAACAAAAGUAGCUUCACUCAAAAUGCAAUAUCUCACAAACUAAUAAUCAGACAGCUGUCAAAUUUAUACACGUAUCUUUUGAAGGUUGAUACUAAUCGAAAAUGGUAUGGAUUUAAUUCUAGUGGCGCCCUCUCAUAGAAACGAUACGAACUUUUCAGCCGAUCUGUUAUUGUUAUAAUGUUUUGCUUAUAACGGUAUUUUUUUUAUCACUGCCAACGAGAAACUUAUCGAAAAAGUAAUAAUAAAGUAAUAUAAAAAUGUGGGCUGGACUCGAGCUUGCAACCUUCUCCUUACAUUGGAGCUAUGCUCUACCAAUAAAGCUACUCUAGUACUUCGGAUUCCAGAAGAUAAAGCAGGAUAAAGCACGAAACAACGUGCAUGAUAUUAAUUCAAAAUUAUUCAUGAAAAAUAUAUUCAACAAACGAUAUAUAUU